CCGGCGUGUGUAGUAUGAAUGAACCCUAAUAUCAAUUGGUUUGGUUCGACUGUAUUGAUCGAUUGUUAAUGGCACGAACAGCGAGCAUAUCUUCUCCUUUACUCGAACUGAUGGAUUCUGCCGAGGGAGAAAAUUAUUACACAGAUCUUGAGCUUGCUGCUGCCAUUGGGAAAAAUUUGUUGGAAAGAAAUAAAGAACUUGAACUUUUGUUAUGCUCAACUCAGGACUAUGCAGAUGAACAAGUUCAAAAAGUCAGUAAGAGAUUAAAAACUCCUUUGAACCUACUCUUUUUUCAACAGUUCUUAACUCGUCAACUUGAUGAUGCAAGAGAAGUCAACGAAAGUCGUGUCAAACUGAUGGAACAGAUUGAGAAGAACCACGAACAGUUGUCGCGAAGCCAUGCCAAGCUUAAACGCGAGACGAAAUCCAUUCAAGAACACAAUGAAGUUUUGACAGAAAGCUUACAAUCUUUAGUUGAAAAAUGCGACCUAUACAAAUCAGAAAUGGAAGUUUUGAAACGCGAAAACAGCCAAUUACAACGCAAGUUAUCUUCGGCAUCGCUCCCUGAAACGGCCCCUGAAAGUGACCCGAAGCCUUGUGAAAAAGUUGAAAACAACAUACAAGAUUUGUCCGUUGUUAUCAAAGAGUUAAAAUUCGAGCAAGAUUUAGAGAAAUCCAUGAGAGAGGAAUUGGAAAACGAGCUUUCGCAAUUGAUAUUUGAAAACCAAAAUUUGGAACACAAACUGCGCUUGUUUGCAAAAAGUAAUCGAAACUCUUUUGUAGAGGAACAGAAAAUGGAGCAUGUGGAGGAAAGCAAUGGCGUCGAAGAGGAUGUUCCCGACGGAGUGGAAGAAGACGGGGAUUGUUCAAAUGAAAGUUUUGUUUUGGUAGAAGAGCAAAGGAUUGAAGAACUCGACAGCGAGCCAAGCUUAGAACAAUGCGAUAUCUCGUUUCUGGAUGAAUUAGAUCAACAAUACCGAGAUUUGGUGGGAAAAUAUAAUUCUUUGGUCGAGAAGUGCAAGACCGAAGGUAUACCAUACGAAUCUCGUGAGAUGUGCACCGUGCAACGAGGGGUGCAGACCUCUCAUGAAGAGGCUGCGCUGUGUGAUAAGGAGGCGGUGGGGUGCGGGGUUGGGGCUGUACCCCAGUACAAGCAAAUGUUUGCAAGGUUGUAUGAGAAAAUUCGGGAGGGAAGGGACGACAGUUGAGGGAUUGUGGUUGAUGGAAAGGGUCGAGUGGUUGAUGCGUGUGGGUAAAUAUGACCGGGGUAAUGGUGGAUGUAAGGGGAUGGGUGUGUAUAAUUGUGGAGUGGUGAUGUUGGGAAUGGUGAAGGGUUGAUGCAAGGGGAGUUAUAGUGAUAGCAGGGGAAAGAGGAGAGAAGUAAGGAGGGUCACCAUGAUGUUGUGAGUAUUUCGAGUGAACAGACGAUAAGGAACAUGGACAAAGAAAAAACAAACUUUACAAACAAAUUGCAACAAUUUACUUAGUCGGAAUGUGAGAGAGAGAUUGAAAUUAUAUUAAUAAGGAUAAUAGAAUAGCAUAUAUAAACAA